AUGGCUUGCACUUGCUUCGGUAGUGUUCACCCAGGUAUUGCCAUGAUAUUUGUUCAGAUCGUGUUUGGAGGGAUCAAUAUUUUCUACAAGCUGGUUAUCAAUGAUGGCAUGAGCAUAAGGGUAGCAGUUGCUUAUCGCUUGCUUUUUGGUGCAGCCUUCCUGUGUCCUAUUGCUCUCAUUGUUGAAAGGAACAAGAGACCAAAGCUGACAUGGGUUGUCUUCUUUCAGAUAUUCUUCCUUGCUCUAUUCGGGGGAUCAAUAUACCACAAUUUAUACCUGGCAAGCUUAAACUUAACAUCCAUGACAUUUGCUGCAGCUUUGUACAAUCUUAGCCCAGCAUUUACGUACAUAGUUGCCCUCCUUUUCAGGAUGGAAACUUUGUCACUAAAUAAUGCACGGGGGAUAGCUAAUGUGGCAGGCACUGCAAUAUGCAUAGGAGGCGCAAUGCUGCUUACAUUUUACCAAGGCAUUGAGAUCAACAUCUGGCACACCAACAUUAAUCUUCUAAAAUAUCAUCAAAAUCAUCACCAGAACACUGUAGGAUCCACGAAACAACAAAUGUUUGGCUUGGCAAUUGCUCUGAUUGCAUGUGUGUUUUAUGCUUUUUGGGUGAUAAUUCAGGCGAAAAUUAAUGAGAGGUACCCAUGCUUCUACUCCAGUACAGCUUUGAUGAGUUUGAUGGGAUCAAUUCAAGCUAUUAUUUACGCACUUUGCUUUGAAAGGAAAUGGUCUGACUGGAAGCUUGAAUCGAACAUCCGCCUCAUUUCUGUCAUUUACUUGGGGUUCUUAGCAUCUGGGCUGAAUAUCACCUUGAUGGCAUGGUGCAUAGCUAAAAGAGGCCCAUUAUAUGUAGCCACCUUCAAUCCCUUGAUGCUUUUGGUUGUGGCAGUGGCAGGUUCCCUGGUCUUUCAAGAGAAACUUCAUUUGGGAAGCAUAUUGGGGGGAGUGUUGAUAAUAACUGGAUUAUACACUGUGCUGUGGGGGAAAAGUAAAAAUGCGAACAAAAAUCAACCUGCUGUGUUGCCAAACAAUUCUGAUCAGGAAUCACCAGAGGUUGCUGUUACCCCUCAAUCUGAAGUCAACAAAGAUAGCGCUGUGUAG